AUGCUACGAAACUCUGGGGUUGCUUCACUCUUUCGCUCGCUUCAUGUGGUAGCAUCAUCAAGAGGCUGCAGCCAUCGUUUCUUGAUACCACAAACGGCUAUUCAUCAAUCACGUACAUAUGCCAAAGACAUUGAAAAAGAUGGCUUUGAUCCGACUCAACAUUACGAAGUAGAAGAUGCCAUGCCAUAUGUUGCAAAGAAUGUAAAUUUGAAAAAAACAAAGAGUCUACUCGAUUUAUUUGUUACAAAAUUAGAGAAAGAUGAGAAGGAAACAAAGAAAGAGGAACACUUCUCUGAGUUUGAGGCUUUGCAAAAGUCGGAGAAGGCCAAAACCGUGAAAGCUCAAAAGAAGAAAGUAAGAGAGGCCAAUGAUAGUAUUUAUGAUAGAAACUCUGCAGAGGCUCAAAAACUAAAGAUAUUACAAGCGCUUUUUGAGCAAAAAACAAGUGUCGCACCUACACAGAUAUUUAACGAGCAAGUUAUUGAAAUGGAAACAAAGGAAAGAGAUAUGCAAACAAAAGCAGGCGAUAGUCUUCUUUCAUUCAUGUAUGAAUCUAAGUCCCCCUAUAAAGUGGUAGAAUCAUGGGAGGCUGAGCAGCAAGCGAGAGAAGAACUGGCCAAUGAUUUCAAACAACAGAAGAAAGAGUUGAAGAAACUGUUGCAGAAAAGUGCCACUACAGCAGAUCAAGAAAAUAGAAAAGAAUAUUUCCAACAAUAUGAUUCUGUUGCUCUUAAAAAAGACAUGCUUGAGGGUAUGAGUGCUGUGAGCGACUUUUCAGUGAAUGCGGAUAUUGAUAGAAUGUCUGCAUCCCCAACAUCUCUAUCUGGAGACAAACUCAUCCUUGUUAAUAACGCAAGACAUGAAGAAAAAAGUCCGUUCUGGAACACUUUAACUCCUCAUGAGAAGCGUUACUUUUUAAAUGACGAAUAUUUGGAAGAUGUUUCAAAGAACAUUGAAAAAUAUUUGAAUAUGAGUCAGGAUGAAAUUGAAAAAAACGCACCAUGGCUUUUGAAUGACCCUAGAUGGGAAACAAUUGAAGAGCUUAGAAAACAAACUUUGCAAGACCUUUCUGAGGUAUCCGAAGAUAACAUUUCUACGGAAAGAAACAAAUAUUUCCGAGAAAGAAUCUUUGACGAUGAAGCUCUGCGAAAUCUUUAUGAAUCACUUGGAUCGAAACAAUUUGACAAUGUUCAAGAAUUUUAUGAAAAUAUCAAAGAAGCUACUGAUGAACAAGGCUUACUGAAGAGAUUGGAGACUAUGUUUCCAGCAGUACCAAAGGAUAAAAUCAAAUCAAUUUUGAAUAAGGUGAUUUUAACAGUCCAACCGAAGUUCGACAAAUAUGCAAGCGCAUCCCAAAGAUCUAUUCAGCUUAUUACCGAUGAAAUCACUGCUUCCGCCAAGCCAAUAGUUUACACAAUGGCUGAUAUCGCCACCAAGCCAAAACCAAAAAUGCAAACUGUGUUGUGGUCCAUUAGACAAAUUGCAACAAAGAAAGCCAAAGAGAAAGAGGUUGAAAUGGUAUACGAAAGAGCAAAGACCUUGAAACUUGAGGAAUUCCCUUCACAAAUUGACCAUAUUUAUGAAGUAUUGCGACCAAUUCACGACGAAAGUAUGAAGGUUGGAGUUGAAGAGAAAGGUAUUACCGAAUUCCAUCCUGCAGUUUAUGGAGGUUUUUCUACUGCAACAGGCAAAAGAAAGUCUUCUGUAGCUAAUGUUACAAUCUCACCAGGAACAGGAUUAUUCACAGUGAAUGGAAAAUCUGUACUUGACUAUUUCAACUUGACGCGUCAUCACUACAAACUCAUGCUUCCUUUGAAAUUUACAAACACUUUGAAUCAAUUUGACGUUGAGGCAAGAGUUAGAGGAGGCGGACAAACUGGUCAGUGUGACGCAAUCUUCCUUGGUCUUUCAAAAGCUUUAGCUAAGUUUAUUCCUGAAUUUGGCCCUACAUUAGAGGCUAGCGGUUUCCUCUAUAGAGAUCCUAGAGUGGUAGAACGUAAGAAGCCAGGUCAAAAGAAGGCUCGUAAGAAGUUUACCUUUGUCAAGCGUUAA